GUGAUGUCCCUCUAAAGAAAGCAAUAGUGUAAAUGUAGUGCGAAAGAUCAUCUGUGCUGAAAUAUAUGCAGUCAAGCUUGUGAUUGGUUUCUUCCCCAGCUUCAGCAUCUUUUGCAGCUGAGGCUCUGAAAUACUGGAGGACACUGCAUCUUCCUCAGGGACACGGACAAGGGAGAGCUGGAGCCUCUGGGGAGCUCAGAAAGGAAUUGCAGUUGGUGGUCGCCUGAGGAGCUUACCUUCAUACCAAUGUUGCUCUGAAACGAGUUGUGUCCAACAUUCAGGUUUGGUAAGAUGCCUCAGGAACAGUACACGCACCGGAGCACCAUGCAGACCUCGGAAGGACCCCAGGUAUACAAAGUGGGGAUUUAUGGCUGGAGGAAGAGAUGCCUCUAUUUCUUUGUGCUGCUCCUAAUGAUUUUAAUCCUGGUGAACCUUGCUAUGACCAUCUGGAUUCUGAAGGUUAUGAACUUCACAAUUGAUGGAAUGGGGAACCUGAGAAUCACAGAAAAGGGUCUAAAGCUCGAAGGAGAUUCAGAAUUCUUGAAACCUCUCUACGCCAAAGAAAUCCGGUCAAGACCAGGCAACCCACUGUACUUCCAGUCUGCCAGAAAUGUGACAGUGAACAUCCUCAACGAGAAGACUAAAGUCCUUACUCGCCUUGUAACAGGUCCCCAAGCAGUGGAAGCACAUAGCCAAAAAUUUGAGGUGAAAACCCUCUCUGGAAAAUUGCUGUUUUCUGCAGAUGACAACGAAGUGGUGGUUGGAGCAGAGAGAUUGAGAGUUCUAGGAGCAGAAGGCACAGUGUUCCCUAAAUCUAUAGAAACUCCCAAUGUCAGGGCAGACCCCUUCAAGGAACUAAGACUGGAGUCGCCUACGCGCGCGCUGGUGAUGGAGGCUCCAAAAGGCAUCGAGAUCAACGCCGAGGCCGGCAGCUUGAAAGCCACGUGCAGGACAGAGCUCAGGCUGGAGUCCAAAGACGGAGAGAUAACGUUGAAUUCUGCAAAAAUCAAACUACCUAACUUGCCUCAAGGAUCUUCCUCUUCUGCAGGGUCCAGGCAAAAAAUCUACGAGCUCUGUGUGUGUCCCAAUGGGAGGUUAUUUCUGUCUCAGGCAGGCACUAGCUCGACCUGCCAGAUAAAUACAAGCGUCUGCUUUUGAGAGACAAUUUGCGGUGGGGCAUCGCGGGCAGCACAAAAGCCAGUUCUGGUCUCACAGAUUGCAGCUGCCAACUAUUUUUAUUAGAACACAGAAAGCCUAUCAAAGACUUUUUUUGUGUGCGCGCGCGCGUGUGUGUGAAUAUAUAUAUAAAAAUAUAUAUAUAAAAUAUAUAUAUCCUCUGUGUAAAAUGAUGUUUCAGUACAAGGAAUCCCAGGGUGACCCUGUUACAUUUGUGUAGCAUUUCUUUUUCCCACACCAAAAUUUACUGGUACAAUCUGCUGAAUUGGAUUUGAUGCUCCCCUGGUCCCUUCUGUAUGAAUAUAGUCUAAUGAUCACCCCUUGGUUUUGAUCAUGUUCUCAGAGCAUUGGGGUUGCUGGCUGGGCAAGACCCUGGAACCAAUGUAGACCCACCAACAUACAAAGGGGAGAGAAGCAUCUCUGAUUAUUUUUGCGCCAUUAAAUCAGUGGCAUAAAAAAAAAAAAAACAAACCAACAAAACAGCCAGAUGUGCUGUACUGAUCACCUAAGAGUGAUCCAAGAUACCUAAGGUUAAAUUAACACUCUUUCAUUUUCACCUGAAGCAUGGCUCCCUCAUGGGAGAGAUGGAUUGCACUUGGCCAGUAGAAAAGUCCAGAUCUUCUUGCUGGAAUAAUCAUGUAUUUUUCUGAAGGGGUUUGAGACUUGCCUGUGCAUGGGCAAGGAUGCCUUGUGCUAUUCAGAUGUGACACAUCAGCUCUAACCCUAACCUGAAGUUAUCUCAGUGCUAACAAAACUGGCAUUGCAUUUAGUUCUUGGAAGGAAAAAAGUUGUGAAAGUUGGACUGAAUAGAAAAAUCCUGAACCUCCUUAGUUAACAGGUGUCUUGGAUCACCCUACACACUCUCCAUUAGCACCUUUAACUUUGAAAAGAUUUGGUGUGAAGGUGUGAAGAUUUAAGAUUUGAACAUUGCCUAUCAAUACCUACAGAAACAGAGAAAAUUACCUAUUCUACCCAUAGAAACAGAGAAAUUCACACAAAUUAGGUGUGUAAUGUAGAUGCUAUGCCAGAAUUUUUGUCAUCUUUCUUUUCAGGAUAUACAGUCCAAGGUCACUUAGAUUUGGUGGAGACUGCAAAUAUCAGAGAUGCUGACAAAGGAACAGACCUUUUUAAGGAUUUAUAAAGAUUGUGACAAAGCCAGAUUACUGGAAAGCAAGGGUUUUGGAUGCUGGUUCCUCUAGAAUUUGAGCCCCAAAAACUCAGUGGUUGAAUCUUCUCAUGGUUGCAUUUUUCCUUAUUUUAAAGUCUAGAGUCAUUUACUGGCAGGAUAAAACAUGAAAUCCGAUCUGGUAACAUUAUGUCCACUGUUCAAGUUUUGAAAAAUAACAAGAAAAGCCCAGAUCAUUGAAUUCUGACCCAUAAUUGCAUCCACAUGCAUAUAAAAAUCCUUGAAAAAAAAUAUACCAAUUACAGCAAAAGUAUCCAAGUCACAGUAAAUCUCACGAGGACAGCAAGGUUUCUAAGCCACUGAGAUACUUUUGAAAAUAUUACCUCAUGUGCAAAUAUGAUAGAUCUGUGCCCAUCCCUAAUGAUAUCUAAGCAAGGCUGGUAUUCUUCAAGCAAUCUUCAAGAUAAAAUGUAGCUGACAGAAAUCUUUACAAAUAAUUUAGCCCAUUACUUUUUUACAGAUUUCCACAUAUUUUCUUGUGGUCUGGAGAGUACCAGGGUUUGAUUUUUUUUUUUUUUCUUAAAUGAACAAUUCUGGCUUAAUCCAAAACUGACUGGACUCAAAGGAAAGAUUUCUAUGGAGUUUAGAUUAGAUGUGUUGCUGCCUAACAAAGCAGCACUUCCAUAAAAUUUAUUCCUGAAAGAGGAUUGAAUGAUCUAUUUUUAUUUCAGUAAUGCUUUCCAAUUAAUUAAUGAAUUCAAACUAUUUGUUAAUGAAUGAUUCCUGUAAUUAUUAUGUCUUGAGUCAACAUUUGAAUGCAAAGGGUCACCCAGGAUAACAAUUGUAUUGGGACACAGGACUAUACCAUCUCUGUUCAAAGAGGGGAAUUGUGCCUAUGCCUUAAGUCAAUGCACUCAGCAAGGAGAAGCACAUCAUAUUUAUCUUGUUAUUAAAACUAGUUUAUUUGGGGGGAGGGACAGGAGGGUGUCUUGGGAACUGGUUGUGCAAACUAAAACAGAUAUUAAUGAAAUGCAUUAAGACUGUAGGGGCACCUAGAGUGAUACAGACUUUUUUUUUACCAUUUUAAAUAUAGCAAAAUACUGUGUACGUUACCUCUGGGACCACAACUGAAGUCCCAUUCAUAGUCCUAUAUCUACUGUAGAAUUUUUUUUUCCCUGUUUCAUUUAAUACCAAUCACAAACCUUAUAGCAAGCACGGCCCAGCUCAUAAACAAAUCCCAUCUGAGCAGUUGUGAAGACACGUGCUGCAGGAAGAGUAGCCUGUACAGAAAACGAGUCGCAUUAAGUUUUCCGUCCCUGAGAGUAUUAAUGUUGGUGCGAAAGGCAAGGACUGACCCAGCAGGGAUGCUGCAUCCAUUUCCAUGCUCCACUCCCAAGAGGCCGGUGGCUCAGUCCUCAUCCCAGUGCACCCUUUGGCUGCUCUGCUGAGGAUUUCUGUCCCAGCAAAUUAAUUUUGAGUGGCUGGUCUUCUCAGCUGUGGUCUUGGGUGAGGUUAUCACCUUCUCGUAUCACGAAGGCCAUGAAACUGCUUAAGGACAUUCAGCAAUUUAUUUUGGUAUGAAUUUCCAUGGGGGAGCUGUUAGGGAGCAACCUUACACAUCUCUGCCAUCCCUGCAGAUGCUUCUCUGAGGUGAACAAAGGGUACCUGAAUUAUGUCUACACAAAGGAAUUCUAGUUGCUUCAAUGCAUUUUACAAUCAUGUUUCCAUCUUAAGCAUAAAAUUAUAUGUUGUGUUGAAAGACGAGGAAUUGCUGCUAGAAAGAUUGAACCCGUAUAGAGACUUGUAAAUCAUUUGAGCCCCACUUGACUUUUAAGACAGCAGUUUAGAUGGUGCUGCCUGCGCUUGUGUUGGCCACAUGAUUAGUCCCCUGCUGUUCAGUGAGUGGCAAACCAGAGCAAACAGGACUGCGUGUCCGAGAUCCUGGGGGGGGGGGGGGGGGAAGGGCAUUUUGUUUAAAAAGCAGCGCGCAGACACAUGCAGCUAUCUCAUACUUUGUUGUUGGGGGCUGUUGUGGAGUGACUGACUCACCUGUUGGACAAGACAAACGCACGAGAGUCCAUUUUCCUCCUGCCUUGCCCAGAAAUCCCUCACAGUUGCUGUACCUGUACGGGUUGGUUCUCCCUGAGUCCAUUUAAAUUAGAGCCUCCCUGGCUGGAAUUUCAUGCGUAUGCUCUACCUGCCAUCGAUAAAAUGCCAAAAACGAAGAAGGGUUUGUGUAUUUCUUUGUGAAUCGGGCCUGCAGCUUAGUUCAAUUGAGCAUUUGCUAUUGGGGGUCAUGGCAUUUAUCUCAAACCAGAGUUUAGUUUUACCUCCCAACACUAAGGCAAAGCUGGGGUGGAUGGUGAAUUCAUUUCUACUGAGCUCAGUGGAAGAGAUGCCGAUGACUUCGUGGCCUGAGCUGGGACAGGAGCUGGACAGUUGACAAUUCAGGGCACCAAGGGCAGUGGAAACACUGCCAGCCCUUGGGGUGGCUGCGGGACCGAACCCUGCCUCGGCACUGCGUGCGGGUCUGCAUUGCAGCUGUGAGCACUAAAACCCCGCUGAAAUGCUCAUCAAGGGACUGUGAUACUAAUGUCAAUACACCUUAGGCAACCAUGAAUGCUGCAGGAUUCGUAAAUGAGUUUAUGUGUUGUAACUCUUAACUUUAUAGGGCUUCAGGACUUUGUUAAAUUUGCUUAAAUGCAACACUUCAGUAAGCAGUCAGGAAAAUGACUGUCAGUGCUCACCUGUACGCCAGUACCUUAUCCAUUUGUAGUGUAUGAUCCCUCUGCUGGCAUAGGUGAGUUAGGAUGUUUUUUCUAAAACAGAAAGACUUUGCAAUUAGCAAAAGCAGAGAUCCUGAUACUGACUAUACAACUGUAUCUAUUUUCGAAGUUUCCCUGUGGGUUUUUUGGGGUUGGGUUUUUUUAUUAGUUACACUUUUUGAAGUAUGUUACCCAGUAGUCAGUGAAAAGGGUAGCUUAAGAGUACAAAGAAAUGUUAACACUAAAGGAAGUCAUCAAAAGGGGAAGCCGGUAACUAUGUAUAAGGCCUCUCCUAAGUAUACGUUUUUAGAAAACUAAGCAUGUGCCAGAGUGAUUUCUAUUUGGUUAUCUCAGUCAUGUGCUGUCAAACAGCUGUAUUUUAGGAGGGGUUUUUUUCUCCUUUAAUCAUAAAUGUCACAUUGCACAAACAAAAAAGUUUAAGGCAUAAGCCUAAAAAUACCAUCUGCAAUAUACGGUAUAGCAAAAUGAUGUCCAAAUAAAAAAACCCUCCCUAGAAAUUGCUCCAAGGUUAAAGAGAGAUUCCUGUGAACUUGUGAAGAUGUCGGGUUAGUUCACAUCAUACCUAGUUUGCAAAUACAGAUGUUCUUAAAGGAAGUUAGCUUUUGUUGUCAUAAGAUGCGCACACACAUAUAUACACACACACACACUUAUGUACACUUGUUUACAACAAAAGCCAAUUUUCUUUUAUUUGUUGUUAUGGCUUUAAGUUUCACAUUGCAAAAGAGAGUGAGACAAAGACCAAAGACUUACAGAAAUUCAUCCCUUCUCUGAUUGCCCUCACGCCUGAAAUGAGUUAACUUUAAUGGUGCUUUUUUGAACCGGGCAGGAAAAAUACAGGUUUAUCGUAAAGCUGCAUUUGAGAGAGUAAAAUGGCAGGAAGACUCUCACUUCGUUAAUGGGCAGAAAAGGAAAUAAUGUCAAAAAUCUUUAAAUGUGUGCAGAGGGCAAGGUUACCUGAAAUGUGAAAUGUGAAGAAAUAGCCCAGAACGCUAAAAGACAUCAUCCUGGGCUGAAAGUAUAAAUAAACUGAGUAAAUGCUACUGGCUGUUCACUUACCUGCACUCGAGCACUAGCAGAUCAGGAACUCCAGUAGCUGCUCGGUGAAGAAGAGUAACUGUGCCAUAAUGAUUUCAUUUUAAAAGUGCAUACAGCAAAAACAAAAAAAGUUAGAGGCUGUGCUCUUUUUUCUUUUUUUUUUAUGGCUGACAUUUUAAAUUUUGAAAUGUCAUCAUCCAGAAUUCACCCCAGCAAGCGCAGGGCACAUUCCUGCAAAGCUUUGCCAAGCACUGGAUUGGUGCUUUUUGAAUGUGAAAAUACCAGCCUUUUUAUUGCCACUACUGUUGAGGAAGGCAAUCCUGGCAACAUUUCCUUUUUCCCCAUUUUAACCUUUUUCCUCAGUUCUGAAAUUGCUGUGUAAUAUUUGGGUAGCUGGUGUCCUGCCACACAGGGGGCUGCAUGCAGGUGGCCAGCAGCCCCUGAAUCCCCAUCGUGUCACUUCUCUGCUCUCACAUACCCCCAAAAAGCAAAACCUGCAUGUAGCAGUGGCACUAAGGUGGAAUUGGGGACUUUCGGGUAAAUUCUGCAUGGCAAUGGCUGUGUUUUCACAGCUGAUGUAGCUGAGUUCACAGCUGUGAGUGGAGCGCAGUUAAACACUGAUGUGGCGCUGAUGAGAUUAUUUAAGCAAGAGUGGAGUGAAUUAAACGAGGCAGGUAGGAGGGAAGGGGAAGAAAUGACGAGUGACAUCACCCUAAUCACAGUAAUGCAGCAAACUUCUCUGUUUACACUAUUAUACUUUAAAUUAAUAACAUCCAUUUUACUAAAUAUGAUAGCAAUUAUCCUUGAUCUUUCAUGGUGCACAGUGGAAUUACUGUCACUGAAACCACUUACAGCUUGGGCUGUUCAAGAUUGCUAGGGUGUUGUUUCUGUCCACAGUAACCACAGUGGCUUGGGGCUUCGAUGGAAAUUAUAAUAAAUAGCUGGUAUUUAGAAAGCUUUUAAGUCUUCUGUGGUUGAGAAGCCCAUGGUUAUGCACAUACAACCCUGAGGCUUUAUCAUUUCAGACUCUCUUGUCCUACCACUUGAAUUGUAUUGUGCCCUUGUGAAAAGCGACACACUUUCUUUAUACAGGAAAAGAUGGAUAUUUAAAGCUGCAGGAUUUUUAUCCAAGGCGAAGAAGAAAAUAUAAUCAUAGGGCACCACCGAGAUUUCCCAUCCAAGUCACUUUAAACUAGAGGUGUGAGUCCCUUAAAAAUUAAUUUGCUACAAGUAUAAUUCCUGCAGGAAAGUUAACACUGGUGUCACUCCCAGGAAAUGUCUCACCUUAUUACAGCUCAAAGCCACGCGGUAGCUGGGAUUUUCUGCCACCAGUUGGUAGCGAUGGGCUGCCUGUUCAGAGGAAGCCAGCUUUCCUUUGAGGCAACUCAUCUCCAUGGACUGAGCUUUUCUUAGUUUUUAACCAGUAUUAAAAAAUAGGAAGGAUAUGUCCACUGUGAAGUGAUAUGUAAUUGUAUGUUUGUCUUGCAUUUAGUUGGUUGAGUCUUUCUGCCAGCAAGAGAAAAUAUCAGAAGGAGAAAUAAAUGUGUGCGAAAGUGUUACAUUUACAUUGUGCCCUGCUACCAAAUGCUUCAGCUAAAAAACAUGCAGCCUUAGUUAAACAGUCUUUUCUUCUGAGAUUAAAAAGGACUUUUUGGAGCCUUUCAUCAGGUCCUACCCAAACGGAAAGUCUCACCUUUUCUAACAUAUCUGCCAUUAUUGGAAUAGCCCAUUGCAAAGCACAGGUCAUGUGCAUCUUUGCAUGUAACAGGAAUUUUAAAUUGCAUUGUACUCUCACAUUUUUGCCCCAUUCAAAAGCCUUAACCGCCGAUAGGAGAUAAAGCAUUCUGAAGCCUGCUACUGCUAAAUGCAUUAUCACUUUCUAAAGCAAUGUAGGUUCUUUGGUCUUUUAAAAACUUCCUCAUAAUGGAGUCCUUGAAACAUCUUGAGGCAGGCUCACACUGGAGAGCAAAAGAAUAAUUAUUUGUGGGCGGUUCUAUUUUUAUCGAAGGCUGGAUUGUAGUUGAAAAAAUGUUGCCGUUAGAGUUUCUCCCACACUUACUUAGCUGCAAACACCGCCACCCCCCAACACUACGGCUAGAUUUCUCUAGGGUAGCUGCCUUAGAGCAGGGAGUUAGCUCCUUCGCUAAACCAGAGCCUGAUAAUUUUGUCUUCAUCUGGGUCCUCCUCGGGGCUUGUGCACUCGGUAUCAGUGCUAUUACUGACAGAAUGGAUAAUGAAACACUUCAGCAGUAUUAAUGAUUUUACAGAUGAUAUGUAUCUGCAGUCUGAGUCGUAUAAAUAAUGCUGGUAGUUGUUGGUUGCUGUUCUAACAAGCCUUUGACCACCUUGAAAGCAUUGGCAGUAACUCCAUAAGGCGCAGCCGAGUAGCUCUUGAAGCCACCUCUGCUUUGUGCUGGUAAUACCUGUACAGCAUCUGCGGGGAUGCCGCGGGGAUGGUACCCCGGUACACUGCCUCCACUCGGGAAGCCUGUGGGGUGGGGGUGGCUGGUGGGUGGCUUUGCCCUUUCUCGUUUAUCUCCAUCCCAUUGCCGGGUCCUCUGCACUAGAAAUAGCAGCGAGGCGUGAUGCCCACCUUGGGAGCCUGGGCUGGAGCAGUGCAACAGGGCCCUUCACAGCACGGGGGAUUUGACUCUGUAGCUGGUGUAAAUCAGGAUUUGGUUCCGUUUAACUUGCUGGUAGCCUGAGGGUUUGGCCCUACAGGUUUAGCACCUUUUGUGAAAUCAAAAGGAAGAGUUUGGCUGCCCUGUCUAAACUACAGCCUGGGUGCUCCCAGGGCCACCAUGGGACAGGGGACUCCUCCUGCCUCCGGGGUUUCCUUAUCCCAUGGGCGCCAGAUCAGGAGCUGCGGCAAGUCUUCCCAUCGCUGCCAGCUCAAGCCGCUACCUGAAAAUGGAGGCAUGUUCAUCCAGCUUCAUUCCUUGCCACCCCCGCUGACCACGCUGGAGUUCAGCUGGUGGUUUGGUGGGUAACGUGUGAAGCGGAAGGUCUCGCCGGGCAGGCACCGGGGGUCUGCCGGGGGGUCCCGCUGGGGGUAGGGCAGGGCUGCACUGUUUGCAGAGUGGCUUUCACAGGGCAGGCGCUGCUGGAGGAAUUCACUUUCUUGUCCCCUUUUGCGGGUUAUCGGAGCGAGCACAGAAGGUGAACAAAUCCUGCCCUUGCUCAGCAGAGUAAGAGCAUGCCAGAAACCUCAUAAAGAGCAGUUCUGAGCAAUUAUCAUGUACUAUGUUUAUUGAAGAAGGGCUCAGCUGACAGCAUUCACACCUGGAUUCCUCCCUAGGUCGGAGCUUUUCCUGAGCUGCGACCCAGAUCUCGGUCUGGAUCUGCACUGUGUAGUAGUUUGGGAGCAGGGAAGGGAUUGAUCUGCUGGAUCUGACUCAGAUCCCUUUGGGUUUUGGUUUUGGGUUUUUUUUGCCCACCCCUUAUUUGAAUCAGUUUCCUUGUGCGUGAAUGGCAAUAGAGUUGUUGAUAU